AUGGGCCGGGGAAAAGCGAAGAUCCAGAUCCCUGAGUGCCGCUAUGGCACCGCAUGCACGCGGAGGGAUUGCGUCUUCAAGCACCCUCCCAAGCCGGCGAAGUCCAAUGCACACCCGGUGGAAAAGUCCGACAAGGUCUGCUUCGCCUUCGUGGCCGGCAAGUGUGCCUUCGGCCGGCAGUGUCACGACAAGCAUCCCGAUGAGGCGUCAUGUCAAAGCAUCAAAGAGCGCUAUGGCAAGAUCGACUGCCAGUGGGGCCGUGGCUGCCGCACCGACGGGUGUCUCUACCGUCACCCGAGUGACGAGCCUGUGGGCCCUGCACUGAUGCUGGAGACGAAGCCGCAGCCAGCAGUCUAUGCCCAGGGCUACAAGAACGUCGAGGUGCCCUCGUCGGCACCUUUUGGCACCCUCGGCACUGUGGAGGCUGUUGGACAUGAGCCGAGCUCGAAGUCAGCUUCGUCUCCUGUUCCGGAUCGCGAGCGACCGCCCCUUGCAGCGGACGACGAGGAGGAAGAGGAGCACGUGCGGCAGGAGCAGCUGGCGGCCACACUGCGGUACAUGGGCUUCGACGAGGAGCCUAGCCUCCGGCUGGCACAGCAAGCGGAUGGGGAUCUGAAUCGAUGCUUGAUGUUCAUGGAACAGGAUGACAGCAUGCGAUCGCCGGCCUGCCCAUAUUUUGUGAUUGAGGGUUGCUCUCGCUGGUCUAUUGUGGCUCCAGUGCAGUGCCUGGUUCCCGGGCGCCAUGCGCUCUUCUCAGGCGCUGCUGCGCUUGGCCGGAGGCCUCGCGUCGUCGCUGCUGGUGCUGGCAGCGCUACUCUUCGCGGUGACGGACCUUCUGCAUCAAGUCGCCUUGGGCCACUUGCUGAGGGCCUUGCACUUUCUGGCCGAAUGCGUCGUGCUGGGAGGGGCAGGUGUGGCUGGGGUGCUGGCGGAGAUCCGGCCGCACCCAGCCGUGAGCGAGAACUUCCCGUACCUGACGCGCCUCAGCGGCCGAGCAGCGCUUUACUGCCUUUUGGGCUUGUACGUCGUGGGAAGGGACACCGUUGGCUGGAGGUGGGUUCCCUUUGCUUGGCAGUGGCAGCGGCUGGCCUUGUCUUCGCGCAGAGGCUCCGUGGCCUGCCGCCCGGCCUCGACCAGCGCCUGAAUGCCGGCGGCCAUGGGAGCGGCCACCAGGGUGCUCAGGGAGCUGAGCCCACGGAGCGCGAGCUACAGCCGACACCGACCAGCUGA